AUGGCAGAUGCGCUGCAGGAGAUCUUUGAUGUGGUCUACCCUGAUGUCAAAUACAAGGUGAAUUCAAAUGGUGCUGUAUUCACAGUGACACAACAGUGUCUCUCAGAGUGGAGGAGCAACAUCAGCUCAACAGUGCUUGCGAUCAUCGUUGAUUUUUGCUCUUGCAUCAAAGAUGCACCAAAUGCCCUUGUCACCAAGCAACUCUUGAAGGAUUUCUCAUUCAUAUCUGAAGACCCAGAUAACAUAUCACGGGAGACAGCCUACCUGUCUGCAUUUGUACUGCAAAUGAUCACAUCCACUCACCUCAGUGCCAUUGUUGACCAUGCCAGUGUACCCGCAUUGAAUACUGAUGAGCUCACUUUGGGCAAAGGUAUGGAUGGUGUUAUUGUGCUCUGUCUUGAACAUGCCCUCAAGUUUGUCAAAGACAGCAUCAUCAAUGUCGAUGAAGUUCUCACAUCUAUGGCCACUGGCAAGUUUUCUGUCAAGCUCCCGGUGAAAUGCAACAAGGUAACAGACAAGAUGUCAAGCGGAUGUUACAAAUUUUCCUUUGCCAAUUGGCACAACAAGAUGGAAGCAUACAUAAAGUCAAUCAGCAACAGGAACGAGGACUCUAAACUAAUCAUCAUUUCAUGCCCACAAAGGUAUAUGAAGAAGUCUGCAAGGGGAGAUGCCUCAGAUGAAGGUAUCGAGGAGACUCAGAGUGUUAACAAGCGCGCCCUCAUUUGUAAAGUUUCUCUCUCCCCACUUAGCGUUAUCAUUGCUGACUUCUUUUUUUAA